AUGAAGAACUCAUUCGCUGCAAGCCUCGUUUUCCUUGUUUCUCUUGCUACUGCUCAGCAAGGUGCUCCUAUUGGCUACGCUGCUCAGAAUGGUGGCACUACGGGCGGAAAGGGCGGUACCACAGUCACAGUAGCGUCCUUGGAUGAACUUACCGCUGCUGUCGGAAGGAGGACCGACACAACAGCCAAGAUUAUCUAUAUCAAAGGUGCCAUCACUGGAUCCGCGAAGGUCUAUAUUGGCUCCAACAAGUCCAUCGUCGGUCUCGACUCCGGCGCGUCGCUCACUGGUGUGGGUCUACACAUCGACAACUCGAAGAACGUCAUUGUUCAAAAUCUCAAGAUCUCCAAGGUCUUGGCCUCGAACGGUGAUGCGAUUGGCAUCCAAGCAUCCACCAACGUUUGGGUUGACCACGUGGAUGUCUCCUCCGACAUUGAACAUGGCAAGGACUACUAUGACGGGUUGAUCGAUGUUUCACAUGCUUCGGAUUGGGUUACUGUGUCCAACAGCUAUAUUCACGACCACUACAAGGCAUCCCUUGUUGGCCACUCCGACAGCAACGGCGCCCAAGACAAGGGCUACCUACAUGUGACCUAUGCCAACAACCACUGGAAUAACAUCAGUUCUCGCACGCCUUCAGUCCGCUUCGGUACCGCUCACAUCUUUAACAGCUACUACAGCGGUGUCUUCACCAACGGUAUCGAUACUCGUGAGGGAGCCCAGGUCCUCGUUGAGAGCACCGUCUUUGCGAAAACGGCCGAAGUCAUUGGUUUCUUUGAUGGGAAGGUCACCGGUUACGCUAUCGCCAAAGAUGUCAGCCUAGGGUCUGGAAACAACACCGCGCCCAAGGGUAACUUGACCUCGGUUCCUUACUCGUACACCAAGCUCGGCAGUGCUAGCGUUAAGGCAUCUGUUCUCGCUAACGCCGGUAACAAGCUUACCAUCAAGGCUUAA